AUGGAACAGGAAGAAGAACAUCCGCUGAAUGGAACUGAAACUAUCUUCCCCGCCGAGAACGGGGAGAUCACGUUGAUUCCGACUCCAACCAAUUCCCCCGAUGAUCCACUGAACUGGAGCGCGUGGCGCAGGUACUGGCAUGCAUUCUUGAUCCUGCUGAUCGUGGCAUUCACCGCGGCUACCUCGAAUGAUGCUGGUACUGCGGGCAAUGGCAUGAAUGCUGAAUUGGGCAUUUCUUGGGAUGCCAUCAAUGUUGCUGCUGGUGUCUUGUUUGUCGGCAUUGGAUAUUGUACUCUUCUCUUGAGUCCUGCCCCCUUUUUGUACGGGCGCCGCAUCUCCUACCUACUAUGUAUACUGUUUUCCAUGAUCGGCUCCAUCUGGUUCGCCCGCGUUCAAGGGGUGGAGGAUAAUAUUUGGAACCAGUUGUUCGUCGGUGCAUCCGAAUCCUGUGCGGAAGCCCUCGCCCAACAAUCCCUGUCGGAUAUCUUCUUUCAGCAUCAUCGAGGACUGGUUCUGGGUUUCUAUAUCUUGGCCACGAGUAUUGGUACUUUUAUGGGCCCUCUGGUCGCAGGUUUCAUUACUGAUGACGACAAUCUUGGCUGGAGAUGGGUUGGCUGGCUUGCAGUCAUCAUUUCCGGCGCCAUGUUCAUUUUAUUCUAUUUUGGACUGGAAGAGACAUACUUCGAUCGCAAAAGUGUCUUACAAGGGCUGGACGUACGCCCCCAAGACGCACAGCACUCCAGUGAAAAUCGCUCGGAGGAGAAGUCGAACAGUCAAGACAACACCGGACCCGUUCUGGUUAACUCUACAUCUUUGACCGAUGAGGAAAGUGGUCAGAAGAAAGGAAAAACUUAUUGGCAGCGCAUUGCCUUGAUUACCCCGGCUCCCACUCUGAUCGGUACUGGCUUCAAGCAGUAUUUCCUGCGCAUGUGGUAUACCCUACGCAUUUUCAGUUUCCCUGCAGUGCUCUACUCAGGAUUGCAGUGGGGCGCCCAAGAUGCUUGGCUGACCUUCUACCUCACUGUGGAAGAGGAUAACUACUACGAGGCCCCCUGGUUCUACACCGAUGCUGCAGUAGGCAUUAUGAACGUACCUACUUUGAUUGGCGCAUGCAUUGGCUGUAUCUACGGUGGAUGGUUUUCUGAUUUCUUCGUCACGUGGAUGGCCAAGCGAAACCAUGGCAUUUUCGAAGCCGAGCAGCGUCUCUGGCUUCUUUUCCCCGUGGCAUUCAUUGGACCGGCCGGUUUGAUGCUGUUCGGUAUCGGUUCUGACAAAGGAUGGGACUGGCCGUUGCCGUAUCUGGGACUGGGAUUCAUUGGUUUUGGCUGGGGCUGCGCAGGUGACCUCAGCAUGGCCUAUCUUCAGGAUGCUUACCCAGACAUGGUUCUGGAGGGUAUGGUCGGAGUCUCCGUCAUCAAUAAUACGAUCGGAUGUAUUUUUACCUUCUCUGCGCAGUACUGGCUGGACGCACAGACCCUGUCUCAGGUCUUUAUCGCCCUCGGCGUUCUCAGCUGGGCGUCCCUCAUGACUACGGCACCUAUGAUCUACUGGGGAAAGAAGGCCCGGAGAUCCACCCAGAAGCGAUACGAGAACUUUCUCCGUCUUCGCGAUGGUCACUUGUAA